AUGGCGAACAAAGCAAUGAUACCGUUUCUAGUCACAAUGAUGCUCGUGACCGGAGUUUGCAAUACCAUCCUCAACAAGUAUCAGGAUAUGCAAUGCGUGCGAAACUGUGAUUCCCCAGAUUCUAAUGAUCGCCAUCUCUUUGAACAGCCUGUUAUUCAAACGAUUCAGAUGUUCAUCGGAGAAAUGGGUAGCUGGCUCGUAGUCCUGCUAUCUAAUGUUUACCAAAGCUUCAUCCUACCGCGCUUUUCAAACGGAGCCUCUCCCCUCUUGGCUGGCGGCUAUCGUCCUGUGACCAAUAACGAUGGAGCCGACCAUGCGGUUGAAGACGAUACGAUUGAUGGUGAUGGUUACCCCGAUGACCCUACAAAGCCAGACCACACCCAUGACGGACGUAUACAAUUACACGGUCGGAGUAUCUUUCUCCUUGCUGCACCGGCAUGCUGUGACAUUGCGGGCACUACUCUUAUGAACGUCGGCUUGCUUUUUGUUGCAGCGAGCAUUUAUCAAAUGACGCGUGGUGCGCUGGUACUCUUCGUUGGACUUUUCAGUGUUCUAUUUCUCCGCCGAAAGCUCUAUUUGUACCAAUGGAUAGCACUAUUCGUGGUCGUCCUCGGUGUUGCGUUAGUGGGUCUUGCAGGUGCCCUCUUUGGCGACAAUCAGAACCAUGACAUUACGCAGGAAGAUGCCAUGGCAGCUCUAGCACACGUUUCAAUGCAAGCUCGCGCUCUUGCGAAGUCUCCCCAGGUCGUCCAAGCCCUUAUCGGUGUCCUUCUUAUUGCCGCAGCCCAGAUCUUCACUGCCUCACAGUUCGUGCUAGAAGAAUGGAUUCUAGAACACUAUGCUAUGGACCCUCUCCAGGUUGUUGGCUGGGAAGGUGUUUUCGGCUUUUCUGUAACUGUCAUCGGAUCGAUCAUCAUGUAUCUAUCUGUAGGACGCACGGAAGCCGGCCGCUACGGAUACUUCGAUGUGAAAGAAGGAUGGCUUCAAGUCAUCAACAAUAGAGCUAUCGCCAUUUCCAGUGUACUAAUUAUGAUUAGCAUCUGUGGGUUCAACUUCUUCGGCCUUUCCGUCACCCGGUCGGUCUCUGCUACGUCCCGUAGCACAAUUGAUACUUGCCGAACACUCUUCAUCUGGCUUGUUUCGUUGGCACUCGGGUGGGAAUCCUUCAAAUGGCUUCAGGUGGCCGGAUUCGCAUUACUGGUGUAUGGAACUUUCUUAUUCAAUGACAUUGUGCGCCCGCCACUGAAGGCAUGUCUUCCUCACGGAAUGAGGGAGAGAGAAUUGCUUUUGCCGGAGGAGCCAAUCGAGCAUAUUUAA